AUGACGCCGCCAGAGAUCCCCGAGACCUCCAUCCCAGGAUGUUCGUCCCGCGAGAAAGAUCGCGCCUCGUCCAGAGCCGCUCCUCACAGCCUUCAUGUGCCCGAGACGCCCUCUACACCAAGGAGACGGUCAUGGUCGAGGUCCCAUGGACUCCAGAUUCAACCCCACCUGCCUCUCCCUCCUCCGAGAGGUCCUCCUUCGAGUUCCCGUCAUCUGCCCCGUCUUCAGCAGCUUCCAGGCCCCGAACAUUGCCAAGGCCACAGCCCGCACCUGGACUCCUCGCCUCCAUGCCCGCCAUCGAAGAGGGAAAAGUCCAAGAAAUCUUCCAGGCCAACCGUACGGGUCCGAACAUCCUUUCGCCGGAGCCUAGACGACGACGCAGCUUCGAAAGAGUUGGGCCCGGCGCUCAUAGGGACAGAUCAGGCUCUCGAGGACGACGAGACGGAUCCUCCAACACCCUUUGCUGAGCGCGGGAGCGAUACAGAUCGGGACGACUACACCUACGACACACCUCUCACGACACCUUGCUCGUCACCAGUGAAAGCUUGUCCUCAGCUUGACGGCUCUGCCACACCUCCUUCUGAGGAUGCUUCGCCAGAGCCACAAACGGUUUUUGCUGGUCCAACGACUCCAACCUCAGCGAAGCGUCACCCAAGUGCCCUUUUGAAGUAUUGCGAGCAGAAUGCCACCCCUCGUCAGCGCCGUUUGAUGGUAGGAACGUUGCAGACGCCAGAUCGCUUUAUUCCGGGCCGCGCGAGCACACCCACCAAAGAAGCCUUGCGUCUGCACAAGCCACGGCCAAAGCACAAGGCUUUCUUUCAGCAGAAGCUCCGAAGUGACGAAGAGCUGCCGGAUCCAUUUGGACCACCUCCGAGUCCGAGUGCAAGGCUUGCUGAUGGCUUUGCUACAAUACGACGGACGCAUCCUGCUUCGAAUCCGCCGACCCGUGGAACGGGCACACUCGUCCAAGACGCAGUCACUCCAGCCAGAAGAGCAGUCAGUUCCGGUGCUGUCUGGACCGUGGGAGGCUCAGUGGUUACGGAGGGUGUCGCGAGCAUUACCAACGGAAGAGGCGGGAGGGUGACAAGCGGCACAAAUGCACCACACUAUACAUCCGACUUCCUUCAACGCCCGUCGCCAAGCGAAGAAGAGGUACAGCACGGCCGAAGGCUUGCCAUGGCAAUGGAUGUCAGUCCGUCUUCACGGAUGCUGCCUUGGAGUUCGUCCUCGUCUCCUGCGAGUCCAAGUACUCCAACGCGAAGCUCAGACAUGGGCCCAAACCGAACCGUCUGGAGUGAUGGCAAAUGGGAAAAGGGCGUUGCAACGACUCCCACGAAACCGUCGAAGCGCAAAUCGAAAGAUAUUCCUAUGAUACCUUUCAGGGUGCUCGAUGCGCCAGCGUUGCGCGACGACUAUUACUGCUCUCUGCUCGCCUACUCUCACACUAUGCAGUGUCUGGCGGUCGGUCUGGGGCCUCACGUAUACCUAUGGUCUGAAUCGCGCGGAACUACCCCUACGCACAUUCCAGAUUCUCUGACGAUGCCUUUUGGAGCACAUGUGACGUCCCUCUCAUUCAGCUCCAGCGAGGGAGGCAAAGCAAUACUGGCGAUUGGGCGAGCUAACGGCCGCAUCACGCUCUGGAGUCCUCAGGAUUGCGAUCCACGGUUUGACAGCGAGCAGCCUGCGCCUGUCUCUUGCGUCUGUUUUCGACCCAACACUGUGAAGAGACAGUCUAUUCGAGAGGUUUCCGUGACAUUGGCGACAGAGGAGCUGCUGGUUGGAGACGAAGUCGGCAACGUGUACUACUAUUCCGUGGAAUGGCCCUCGCCCGACGAGCGCGAUCUCUUCGGAUGGCAUGGGAGCAUGACCCUUCUUGCGAGAAUCAGUUGCCACACCCAGCAAGUCUGCGGCCUUGCGUGGAGCAAAGAAGGACAGUAUUUCGCUACCGGUGGCAAUGACAACCAGAUGUAUCUCUUCGAACCCAAGCGACUUUUCGCUGAUACCGGCAACAAAGACGUGCACCCUGCGGAUACAGUUGAUGUACGCAGUGGCAACAGCAAUGGUGACGGCCGUGUCGCUGGUCAAAAUAGAGUCCUGGCUGUCAAGCUCGGUCAGCAAAAGCAUACCUUCACUCUCAACGCCGCUGUCAAAGCUAUCUCCUUUGCACCUUGGCAAGAGAGCCUGCUAGCUGCGGGAGGAGGAAGCAAUGAUCGCUGCAUCCAUUUCUUCCACGCGCUAUCCGGAGCAACACUCGCGACAAUUGACUGUCACGCCCAAGUCACUUCACUAGUCUGGAGCGAGCAGAAGAAAGAGAUCGCGGCGACCUUUGGGUUCGCGCAACCGGAACAUGCGUAUCGUGUCGCGGUCUUUUCGUGGCCUACUUGCCGAAGAGUUGUCGGUAUUCCAUGGUGGAGCGGGGAGAGGGCGUUGUAUGCUAUUGCGUAUCCUGGUGGACCGAACGGUGCCCCUUCACCCAGUACUUCCACUUCAACUUCGGGAAGGAUGGCGCAAGGAGACGUAGAAGGGCAGGCUUGGUAUGGUCGGAGAACAACAGAAGAGGGCUGUCUGGUCAUCGCGACGAGCGAUGCUUCGAUUAAGUUUCAUGAAGUCUGGCCGGAGAGGAGUGAGCAAGGCAGAGGGGCCAAGGGAGUGGGAAUUCUCGGCGGGAGUCUGAUUCUAGAAGAUGGUGUGUCCGAUGAAAUGGAGAGGGAGGUGACGAUUCGAUGA